AAUAAAUCUGGUAUUCUCCUACUACAAGAAGAGAAAAUACAAAUUGAUUAUAAUCUGGAUAAUUUUGAAAAAAUAUUAAAAAAUAAGGAAGAUGAUCUUGAAAACUUGUUAGCUCAACUUUCAGAAACUGAUCUUUUAAAUGCUCAUGAAUAUAUUCGUGUUGAAAAUAUAGAAAUUGAAA